AAAAAUGCUCAAGGGUCAGAAACUAUAAAAGAUCCAAAAUUUACAUUGCCAACAGCAGAGAAUAAUUUAAACAGGAUUAAUGUGCGAUUAACUACUUUACAACUUGCACUCGAAAUUUUGUCAAAGAUUUGUUUAGAUUGUUUUUCAAAUGAUGAUGAUGGAUGGCAAGAUGAGCCCCAAGAUAAUGACAUGAUAUCAGUUAAUGUUGGAGAUGAUGUCAACAUAAUGGAAGAUAUUAUCAUGAUGGAUUCAGAUCAACCUGAUAAACAAUCAAAAAUACAUCCUAUAUUAAAUACAUUUGCUUCCAUCAUUCUACCCAGACUUUUUGGUUUAGCUUGCCCAACACAUUUAUCAUUCCCUGAACAACUUGGUCCUAACGUUUUACCAAUACCCUCAGUUACCCCAGAAAUCACGUCAUCACUUGCAACAGUACAUUUAAGAGCGAUUGAAUGUAUUAAUAAUUUCUUUUUGAUAAUGGUGGAUAAUGUCGAAGAUAAAUGGUGGUUUACACAGAAUCGAGAUGAUGCUAAACAAGCAUGGACGCGACUGUUUGAAUUGGGAACUCAAGUUACUGGGAAAGGAAUAGAUAAACCAGGGCAAGAAUUUAGAGGAAAAAUUCUGGAAGCAUUAAUAGGAUGCCUUUGGACUUUGACUAGAGGAUUGGAAGGCAAUGUGCCUGUUACUGGUAAUCAAAUUCAUAGUUUAAUUGGUUGCUACGCAUCAGGUGCAUAUGACGCAAUGCAUGUUAAGAUAAUCGGUACAUUAGGUAUGAUUGCAAGACGACAAAAUGCUAUAGAUGAUAAUAAGUUGAUAGGCACUUUUUUGUUCAAUAUCCUGAGUUCUUCAAAAGAUGAUUUUACAUCACCGGAAUGUAUAAUCGAAGUUCUUAAUUCUAUAUAUGACAUAUACGCUGACAAAGAUUUCGAUUAUGAUGAACCUGUUUUUGUUCAAAAUGGUUACCUUUCUUUACUCGAAAAUAUAGUUGAUGCUGUUCGUAAGAUGACAAAAUCUAUUGAUAAGAGAAAGUUUCGUGAUUUACGUUUCCGUGCAGAUGAAGCUUAUGAGAAUCUUAUUGCAUUUAUAAAGUAUAAAAAAGAUGAACGAUGUAACUAG